AUGGCCUUGCUUAAGAUGGCCUUGCUUAAGAUGGCCUUGCUUAAGAUGGCCUUGCUUAAGAUGGCCUUGCUUAAGAUGCCCUUGCUUAAGAUGGCCUUGAUUAAGAUGCCCUUGCUUAAGAUGGCCUUGCUUAAGAUGCCCUUGCUUAAGAUGGCCUUGCUUAAGAUGGCCCUGCUUAAGAUGGCCUUGCUUAAGAUGGCCUUGCUUAAGAUGGCCUUGCUUAAGAUGGCCCUGCUUAAGAUGGCCUUGCUUAAGAUGGCCUUGCUUAAGAUGGCCUUGCUUAAGAUGGCCUUGCUUAAGAUGGCCUUGCUUAAGAUGCCCUUGCUUAAGAUGGCCUUGAUUAAGAUGCCCUUGCUUAAGAUGGCCUUGCUUAAGAUGCCCUUGCUUAAGAUGGCCUUGCUUAAGAUGGCCCUGCUUAAGAUGGCCUUGCUUAAGAUGGCCUUGCUUAAGAUGGCCUUGCUUAAGAUGUCCUGGCUUAAGAUGGCCUGGCUUAAGAUGGCCUUGCCUAAGAUGGCCUUGUUUAAGAUGCCCUUGCUUAAGAUGGCCUUGCUUAAGAUGGCCUUGCUUAAGAUGGCCUUGCUUAAGAUGGCCUUGCUUAAGAUGACCUUGCUUAAGAUGGCCUUGUUUAAGAUGACCUUGCUUAAGAUUGGCCUUGCUUAA